CAGAGACACUACGUUAUGUAUUAUGAGAUGUCCUACGGCCUUAACAUUGAAAUGCACAAACAGACGGAGAUUGCCAAACGGUUGAACGUGAUCUGUGCUCAGCUCAUCCCAUUCCUGUCACAGGAGCAUCAACAGCAGGUGGUCCAGGCUAUGGAGCGCGCCAAACAGGUGACCAUGGGCGAGUUAAAUGCUUCGAUAGGGGUACGUGGGCUCCCCCCUCUGCCUCAUAGCCAACAGCUUCAGGCCCAGCACCUCUCCCAGCAUGCCCAGGGUUUGCCAGUGGGCCCUCACCCAUCAGGUCUGCCCCACCCUGGCCUGGCGCUUGGCGGAGGGUCUGGGCUGCUGGCCCUCUCCGGAGCUCUGGGGGCUCAGCUGGCUGCCAAGGAUGAGAGAGCGCAUCUAGAGGCAGCAGCAGCUGCUGCUGCCGCUGCAGAACACCACAGAGAUCGUGAAGCAGGACCAGUGACUCUCUGUCCAAAUGGGGAUAAGGGUCGUGCAGCAGACUACCUCAGCAACGGCAAGAAGAGGAAAGCUGACGAGAAGGAAUUCAUGACAGACUAUGGAAGCGAUGCGGAUAAGAGUGAUGAUAAUUUGGUGGUGGAUGAGGACCCGUCGUCCCCCCGCAGCGUGCAGUCCUACUCAUCCAGGGAGAAUGGUUUGGACAAGAUGCCCCCGUCCCGCAAAGAUGGCCCUCCACAAGCCAGCCCCACCUCCUUGGCUUCCUCCAGCAGCGCCACCUCCCCGUCUCGCAGCAAGGAGCCCCCACAGAGGGAGAAGUCUAGUACUCCAGGUAUGAAGCCAGGCACCCCAAUGUCCCAAGAGUCAAACACCCCUGGACCCAGCGGACCCCCACAGUUUCGACCUGUCUCGGGCAAGCCUGGUGUGGACCCCAUAGCUCUGGGUCUGAGAAACCCCCUGGCAGUGCAGGGUGCAUACCCUCCAGGGGCUUUUGGCCUGCCCCCUCCGGGUGUGAACGGGGACCUGCCCGGGGCAGCAGGCUAUGGAGCUGGCCUCCACUUGGUCUCCCCCCAGAUGAACGGAGCUGCAGUAGCAGCAGCGGCAGCUGCCGCAGGCUACGGACGGUCCCCUGUGGUGGGCUAUGAGUCUCCACACCCGCACAUGAGGGUGCCUGGGCUGCCUGCCAGCCUGCAGUCAGCCGCCUCCGGAAAACCUGCCUACUCGUUCCACGUGAGUGCAGACGGCCAGAUGCAGCCGGUGCCCUUUCCCCCUGACGCCCUGCUGGGCCCGGGAAUCCCUCGCCACGCCCGGCAGAUCCACACCCUGAACCACGGAGAAGUGGUGUGUGCUGUCACCAUCAGCACCUCCACACGCCACGUCUACACGGGAGGCAAGGGCUGCGUCAAGGUGUGGGACAUCAGCCAGCCAGGAAGCAAGAGCCCCAUGGCCCAGCUGGACUGUCUGAACAGGGAUAACUACAUCCGUUCCUGCAAGCUGCUCUCCGACGGGCGAACCUUGAUCGUCGGCGGGGAAGCCAGCACAUUGUCAAUCUGGGAUUUGGCCACGCCCACUCCACGCAUAAAGGCGGAGCUGACGUCGUCUGCUCCCGCCUGCUACGCUCUGGCCAUCUCCCCUGACAACAAGGUCUGCUUCUCCUGCUGCAGCGAUGGCAACAUCGUCGUCUGGGACCUUCACAAUCAAACCCUGGUCAGGCAGUUCCAGGGUCACACAGAUGGAGCGAGCUGCAUCGACAUCUCCAACGACGGCACCAAGCUGUGGACGGGAGGGCUGGACAACACAGUCCGCUGCUGGGACCUCCGAGAGGGACGCCAGCUCCAGCAACAUGACUUCACCUCGCAGAUCUUCUCUCUGGGUUACUGUCCAACAGGCGAGUGGCUGGCUGUGGGAAUGGAGAGCAGCAACGUGGAAGUCCUGCAUGUUUCCAAACCUGACAAGUACCAGCUGCACCUCCACGAGAGCUGCGUUCUCUCCCUCAAGUUCGCCUACUGUGGUAAAUGGUUCGUGAGCACAGGCAAAGAUAACCUCCUGAACGCAUGGCGGACACCUUACGGAUCCAGCAUAUUCCAGUCGAAGGAGUCUUCAUCGGUUCUCAGCUGUGAUAUCUCCCCUGAUGAUCAGUUCAUCGUCACCGGCUCGGGGGACAAGAAGGCCACAGUCUACGAAGUCAUCUACUGA